GUUCAAUUGUAGUCAGCGCGGCUAUUGUGCUAUCAUGGAGUCCAGAGAUGACGGACGACCAGUCCAUUCUCGGAUCAUUGUUGUUGGCGAGAAUGAUUGGCUUGUCUUCAAUCUCGCUGACAAACGAUUUUGAGAUAAAAGGUCAGUCCAUUCCCCACGCAAUGGUCCUCUGUGCUAUUCUCAACCUCAAGCCUUUUAUUGCAAUGCCAUCCAUCUCUGGCCAAGUCGUUUCCUCGUCUAGACAAGCUGCAGGUCUUCCUGUUCCCAUCGAAAUUGGACCCAACAGCCGUCUAAUUAUCCAGUUGCUCGACGUCUCUUUGAUGGAUGCCCCUUCUGUGACCCUCAGUGAGGAGACCAUCUCUACUGGUCCCUCCGGACACUUGCGCUUCCCGAUCCCAUACAGCUUGAGCUACGACCCCAGCCAGAUUCAGCCGUACCAGAGCAUCUCUAUCUCUGCCAGUGUCGUCGAUACAUCUGUAGACGACGAGACCCUUACCUGGAUCUCGACCAUCAGGCACUCGGUCCUCACUCAGAACAAUCCUUCGAACAAUAUCGAUAUCGAGAUCGAGUUUAUUGCAGAUCGCGCUCCUGCACCAUGGAGCACGCUCUCAGGCACGAUUGUCGCGUCGGAAAAAGCGGAAGCACUGGGCUCUGAUGGGAUCGGCAUUGGUCCUAAUAGCAAGAUCCUGGUUCAGCUCCGAGACGUUUCGCUGAUGGACGCGCCCUCAGUCUUGAUAAGCGAGCAGGUCAUCACAACCGAACGAGAGGAAACCAAGGCCUUCCCGAUCAAGUUCUCUCUCCAGUUUGACUCCAAGGCCAUCAACGAGCGCAACAUGUACUUUGUUAGUGUUCGAAUUCAAGACUUGCAGUCGGACGACUUGAAGUGGAUUUCGAUGUCUUCGCAUGCAGUCUUGACGGGAGGAGAACCGAGUGAUGAUGUUGUGGUUGAUCUGGACCUCAUUCGGUCGUAAACCGCUUUUGAAGCAGCGACACACUGACCAUGAUAUAAUAAAAGAAAAUGCACAAAAUGACGUGCUGCAAUUCUGUAGACCGCUCUGCGUUGGAUAGCGUCGACAUAGGAUCGGGGACCUACAUCAAGACAAAGU